CCCAAUUUGAGUUAUUUCGCUUUUAGGUCUGCUUUUAGCAGUAGAAGAUUCUCGAUUUGAUAAAGCAGCCAUUCAUUUGGUAAUGGAUCAUCCACGAUCAACUACCGGGACUGGCGAGGAUAACGUCGGGAUUCCGGAUGAUUUGCGUUGCAAGAGGUCAGAUGGGAAACAAUGGAGAUGCACUGCCAUGUCUAUGCCAGAUAAGACGGUAUGCGAAAAGCACUAUAUCCAGGCAAAGAAGAGGGCAGCGAAUUCCGCAAUGCGGGCUAAUUUGAAGAAAGCUAAGAGGAAGUCAUUGGGUGAAAGUGAUAUUUACUUGGAGAGUAAGAGUGACGAUUUUGAUGUACCACUUGUGAACAUGAAAGAGUAUCCUCUUCAGGCCUCCGGGAAAAAGUACUCAGAGAGGGCACCAAAAAAUAAGUUCCGCUACUCACCCGAGACACCACCAGUGAGGAGUUUUUCAAUACGUAAUCCUCCAAAACAGAAUGAUGAUUCGCAGUUAGAUAUAGAGCUGUAUGAAGAAAAUAAUUGGAGGUCAUAUAAGACACCACCUGUUUCUGCUAUGGAUUUAUCUGGGAACAGGUCACAGAGGAGCUUGGAUGCUAAUGCAACAACAGUUUCGGAAUACUCUGAUCAAAGCACAGAAUCCUCUGAAGAGACUGGUGGUCAAACUUGUCAUCAGUGC